GGGUGGGGGGGGACUUCUAUUGGGCUUAUGGGAGGACGCAUGGAGAAGCAUUCCUAUCAUAGUUUCAGGACACCUCUUCAGCGAGUAUAAAAGCAGAUGGGGACUCCAAAAGAGGGAGAGCAAGCACUCGUCAACUCAAAGAGACAGAAGACUAUUCACUCAGGAAAGAGCGCUUCUACUUCUGAGGAUGUGGAAAGUUGUUGUCAUUGGGAUCCUCUGCGUUACACUGGUGUCAGCCUCAUGCCCGAUGGACUGCCAGUGUCCCUCUGAAUCCCCCAUAUGUGCAGCAGGAGUCAGUCUCAUGCUGGACAGCUGUGGAUGCUGUAAAGUUUGUGCUCGGCAGCUCUUUGAAGACUGCAGCAGGACACAACCAUGUGACCACACAAAGGGACUGGAGUGCAACUUUGGAGGUGGAUUUGGUUCUGCUAAGGGCAUCUGUCGAGCUAAAUCAGAUGGAAGAACUUGUGAGUACAACAACAAGAUUUACCAGAACGGGGAAAUUUUCCAUCCAAACUGCAAACACCAGUGCACUUGCAUGGACGGUGCUGUUGGAUGUGUCUCUCUGUGCCCACAUGAGUUGUCACUGCCCAAACUGGGUUGUGCCAAACCCAGGAAGGUCAAGGUCCCGGGACGGUGCUGUGAACAACUCAUCUGCCCCGAGGAAGCAAAGCCAGAGAGUUCUGCGGAGAAGAAACACAGAAAAAAGGAAAGCAAAGACAGAGCAUCUGAAGACGACCUCACAAGCAAGAAUGAGUUGGCUCCUGUGUGGAGAGGAGGAUCCGAGUCUUUAGCUGCUUUCAGGAGUCACCCAAUUGGCCACAUGGUUGCCAGAGGAGUCGAGUGUGUGUCUCAGACCACAGCUUGGUCACCCUGCUCCAAAUCCUGUGGCACUGGAGUGUCCUCGAGGGUGACCAACAGCAAUACCCUGUGCAAACUGGUUAAAGAGACUCGGGUCUGUGAAGUCCGCCCAUGCAACCAAAUGGCCUUCGUCGGAUUGAAGAAAGGUCACAAAUGUAACCACAUAGAAAAAGCCAGCCGUCCAGUUAAACUGUCCUACGCAGGCUGCCGUAGCCUUCAAAAGUUCCGACCCACAUACUGUGGGUCUUGCACAGAUGGUCGAUGCUGCAGGCCUCAUCGGACCCAGACGAUACCUGUGCGCUUCAGAUGCAAAAAUGGGGACACCUUCAGCAGGAUGGUGAUGAUGAUCGAGUCUUGCAAGUGCAACUUCAACUGCUCCGGCAGCAACGAAAACACCCCUGCCCUCUACAGACUUUUUAAUGAUAUACACAAAGUGAAAAUGUAAACUUCUCACUUAAAGUGGAAAGAAGAUCCAGACAGACAGAUAAAAAAGAAAUUGCACUGUGAGGUUUCAGACACCUAGUAGGAUGAAUUUAGUGAACUGUAUUGUUCAUGAUUUUGCUUCAUAACACUGGAGCCUUUUGGUUUGCUUCUUUGUGAAGCUUUUUUUUUUUUUCUUUUUACAUUGACAAAAAUCUUAUUUUUCUAGUUAAACCAACAUUUUAUUGUUCUCCACUUUAAUUUUUAUUGACAUACCUAUUUAAGCCUCUCCUGACAAGACAUACCACAUGUAAGCAUGGAAAUGAUGUGAAAACUAUGGCAGCUACUAACUAAGUCCUUACACAAUAUGUCGCCAUGUUUCUGUUGAUUUACUGUACUUAUUCGUUUUAUUUAUAAGACCAUAAUUUUCCUACUUCGCUUAAUGUAUUCUUAUUGUAGCUUCUUAUUAAUGUAUUCUAAUCAUUGAAUAUUGUACCAUAAUACUGGUUUGACAUCCUGUUCUCUACACUGUCUUGUAUGUAAGUUUGCCAAUUAACUGUUAAAUUGUCCGUUUUGUGAUUCGCCUUUUCACAAAUAAACAUUAGAAAACCCAAUAGAGUCGACCAAUUAUUUUCUUUUAGGGUGAAAAGUGAAAAUAUAGUUUGGCAGUUGCAAUAAUCAAAAAAACUAGCAAAUUCUCAAGGGGUCUGUUAUAACAAUUUUCAGUAGGAAAUGAGCUAUACUGUUUCAGCUGCAUAUGGCUAACCCACUUCUGAGACGACCUACAUGUCACUGAAUAGUUCAGGAAAUGACUAG